AUGAAUCUUUCUGAGUGCAUCAACUCUGUGCUCAAGGGGACUCGAAACCUUCCGUUCUUGCAAAAGGCAAUACUUGCCAACAGGGAGGGAAUCACACAAAUGCUUGUGAUGUCAUACGACAGGGUGACGUCGAUCUUCACCGUCGAUGAGAUAGCUGGCGUAGGCACACAAUCCAGAUUCAGAGUUUUCCUCCAGCAACAACGGUGUGAUUGCGGAUAUUUCCAAGCAUUGCACUACUCGUGUGCCCAUGCGCUUGCUGCAUGUGCCCAUGCCAGACUUGACUGGCAGUCUUAUGUCGACGAUGUUUAUCGGAUUGAAAAUGUGUUUCAGGUAUAUCAGAUGGGGUUUCCGCUAUUGCCUGAUGAGGAAGUGUGGCCACCGCACGAUGGACAUCGUCUCCGUCCCAAUCCCCAUUUGCGCCGAUCGAUAGACGGCUGA